CCGGCGCCCAGAUGAGACUCCACAAGGCCUGGCGCCUAGUCGUGACGUAAAUUCCGGUUGCCGUGCUGAGUCGGAAGUGGGAACCCUUCGGCCACUGAGAUUCUGUCGUGUCGUCGCUGCUGGCCCUUCAGGCUCUGGGUUGUAUUUCUAUGCUGUGGCCUUAAAAAUUUCAGAAAGGGAAGAAAGCCUUUCAGGGAGCUCUGCUCAUCCCGUUGUGCCAGUGAGUCCCCUUGGUGCUCGAAUGAGGAAAUGUAAUCAGAAGAGUGCAAAUGCAGGCUCAGUCAGCUCUACUAAAUACUUUUGAGCCCCUCCCCCUAGGUCUGGAUGGAGGAUACUUUAAAGUGAAAUGACAGACCAGGAGAAUAACAACAACAUCUCAAGUAACCCCUUUGCUGCUCUUUUCGGCUCCCUGGCUGAUGCCAAGCAGUUUGCAGCAAUCCAAAAAGAGCAGCUGAAGCAGCAAUCUGAUGAACUCCCAGCUAGCCCAGAUGACUCGGAUAAUAGUGUGUCAGAGAGCCUGGAUGAAUUUGAUUACUCUGUGGCUGAGAUUAGCCGCUCAUUCCGUUCACAGCAGGAAAUAUGUGAGCAACUCAACAUCAAUCACAUGAUCCAAAGGAUCUUCCUCAUUACGCUGGACAACAGUGACCCAAGCCUGAAAAGUGGGAAUGGCAUCCCCAGCCGUUGUGUGUAUUUGGAAGAAAUGGCAGUAGACCUGGAAGAUCAAGACUGGCUUGAUAUGAACAACGUUGAGCAGGCUGUCUUUACUCGCUUAUUACUUCAAGAUCCAGGCAACCACUUGAUUAACAUGACUUCUUCUACAACGUUGAAUCUCUCUGCUGAUCGAGAUGCAGGGGAGAGGCAUAUUUUUUGUUACCUUUAUUCCUGCUUCCAAAGAGCCAAGGAAGAGAUUACCAAAGUUCCAGAGAACCUGCUGCCCUUUGCAGUGCAGUGCAGGAACCUCACUGUGUCCAAUACCCGCACAGUUCUCCUCACCCCAGAGAUCUAUGUUGACCAAAACAUCCAUGAGCAACUGGUAGAUUUGAUGUUGGAAGCCAUCAUAGGAGGCCAUUUUGAUGGUGUAGCUGAGUUUCUUGAUGAGGUCAUCGAAGCCUUGAUACUGGAUGAGGAAGUUCGAACAUUUCCAGAAGUCAUGAUUCCAGUGUUUGAUAUUUUAUUGGGCCGAAUAAAAGACCUAGAACUCUGCCAGAUGCUUUUGUAUGCUUAUCUGGAUAUUCUUCUCUAUUUCACUAGGCAGAAGGAUAUGGCGAAGGUUUUUGUAGACUACAUUCAGCCCAAGGACCCUAGUAAUGGCCAGAUGUACCAGAAGACCUUGCUGGGAGUAAUCCUGAAUAUCUCCUGCCUAUUAAAGACUCCGGGUGUAGUAGAAAACCACGGCUACUUCCUGAAUCCAUCUCGUUCCAGUCCCCAGGAGAUCAAAGUACAAGAGGCCAACAUUCAUCAGUUCAUGGCUCGGUUCCAUGAAAAGAUCUACCAGAUGCUGAAGAACUUACUCCAGCUCUCUCCAGAAACCAAACACUGUAUCUUGUCCUGGCUUGGAAACUGUUUGCAUGCAAAUGCAGGCCGCACCAAGAUUUGGGCCAAUCAGAUGCCAGAAAUCUUCUUCCAAAUGUAUGCCUCGGAUGCCUUCUUUCUGAAUCUGGGUGCUGCUCUCCUGAAGCUAUGCCAGCCAUUUUGCAAACCCAGAUCCUCUCGGCUCCUCACCUUUAAUCCCACUUACUGUGCCCUGAAGGAGUUGAAUGAUGAAGAACGAAAAAUUAAAAAUGUACACAUGAGAGGUUUGGACAAAGAAACCUGUUUGAUCCCAGCUGUGCAGGAGCCAAAGUUUCCCCAGACUUACAACCUUGUAACAGAAAACCUUGUCCUGACAGAGUACACCUUGUACUUGGGAUUUCACAGGUUGCAUGAUCAGAUGGUAAAAAUCAACCAAAAUCUGCAUCGGCUGCAGGUAGCCUGGCGGGAUGCUCAGCAAAGUUCUAGCCCUGCUGCUGACAACCUCCGGGAGCAGUUUGAACGACUGAUGACCAUCUAUCUUUCUACUAAGACUGCAAUGACUGAGCCGCAGAUGCUGCAGAACUGCCUAAAUUUGCAGGUGUCCAUGGCUGUUCUCCUAGUCCAGCUGGCCAUAGGCAAUGAGGGCUCCCAGCCAGUAGAGCUAACUUUUCCUUUGCCAGAUGGCUACAGUUCUUUGGCUUAUGUGCCAGAAUUUUUUGCAGAUAACUUGGGUGAUUUCCUCAUUUUUCUCCGCCGCUUUGCCGAUGACAUCUUGGAGACAUCAGCAGAUUCCCUGGAACAUGUCCUUCACUUUAUCACCAUUUUCACUGGAAGCAUAGAAAGGAUGAAGAAUCCCCACCUACGAGCCAAACUGGCUGAGGUGUUGGAAGCGGUGAUGCCCCACCUGGAUCAGACCCCAAAUCCCUUGGUAUCCAGUGUGUUCCACCGGAAACGUGUGUUCUGCAACUUCCCCUAUGCAGCCCACCUUGCAGAAGCUCUAAUCAAGGUCUUCGUGGAUAUUGAGUUUACAGGAGACCCCCAUCAAUUUGAGCAGAAGUUUAAUUACCGCCGCCCCAUGUAUCCCAUCCUCAGGUACAUGUGGGGAACAGACACCUAUCGCGAGAGCAUUAAGGACUUGGCUGACUAUGCCUCUAAGAAUUUAGAAGCCAUGAAUCCCCCACUUUUCCUCCGCUUUCUUAACCUGCUAAUGAACGAUGCCAUCUUCCUUUUGGAUGAAGCCAUACAGUAUUUGAGCAAGAUAAAGAUUCAACAGAUUGAGAAGGACCGAGGUGAAUGGGAUAGUCUGACUCCAGAAGCCCGCCGAGAAAAGGAGGCUGGCCUACAGAUGUUUGGACAGCUGGCACGUUUCCAUAACAUCAUGUCCAAUGAAACAAUUGGUACCCUUGCCUUUCUGACGUCAGAGAUCAAAUCACUCUUUGUGCAUCCUUUCCUGGCUGAGCGCAUCAUCUCCAUGCUGAACUACUUCCUGCAGCACCUGGUUGGCCCCAAGAUGGGAGCCUUAAAAGUCAAGGAUUUCAGUGAAUUUGACUUCAAACCCCAGCAGCUCGUUUCAGAUAUCUGCACCAUCUACUUAAAUCUUGGGGAUGAGGAGAAUUUCUGUGCCACUGUGCCCAAGGAUGGACGUUCCUAUUCCCCAACUCUCUUUGCACAGACAGUCCGAGUCCUGAAGAAAAUAAAUAAGCCUGGAAAUAUGAUUGUGGCUUUCAGCAACUUAGCAGAGAGAAUCAAGUCUCUAGCAGACCUCCAACAACAGGAAGAGGAGACCUAUGCAGAUGCCUGUGAUGAGUUCCUGGACCCCAUCAUGAGCACACUGAUGUCUGACCCUGUGGUGCUGCCAUCUUCCAGAGUCACUGUGGAUAGAUCCACCAUUGCCAGACAUUUGCUCAGUGACCAAACAGAUCCCUUUAACCGUAGUCCCCUCACCAUGGACCAGAUCCGGCCAAACACAGAACUAAAAGAAAAAAUCCAGCGGUGGCUCGCAGAGAGGAAACAACAACAAAAGGAGCAACUUGAAUAAAUACUGUGACCUAAACAAACCAAAAACCAGCCCCAGAGUGUAGAUAAACAAUUGUUUGUGGUUUCUCUCUUUCUGGUUCUGUUCCUUUCCUUUUUCUUGCCUUUUUUUUUUUCUUUACUAAAUUAGAGAACUGCUCUUGCUCAAAUUAUGAUAAUUAAAAUUCCUAAGAACUUUACAAUGCUCUCCUGGCCUGCAGGAAAUUAUACUUCUUAUAGCAUCACCAUGUUUAGAAAUCAUCACUAACUUUUACCCUUUGUUAUCUCUUUCUAUUCUUUCUUCUUCCUUUUCCUACCUUAAUUAGAUUAACUUCAACUACUAAAACCUCCUGCCACCUUACUAUUUCUCUUCCAAGAACUGCUCAAACAUCUUUGGUGUGCACUGCUUUUAAAUAUCUGAUGUCACAUAUUUCAGUGACAGCUGAUACUGUAAAGUCCUGUGUUAUCAAGGUAUUUACUGGUCUCCACAACCCUGACUUCAGCCGUUUUCCUUAUUACAGCUCUGCAAUGUUACAGAAUGACUUUUUACAUAAAAGCAGAUACUUUGAUGUUUGAGUAAAGUUUUUGAAGAAGGUGAUAGAUGAGAUGAAAAAAGGAAUCUUAUGCAACUUCUGUUGGUAGCUCUUAGUUUUGUGUUAUCUUGUAACUCAAAGAUAUCUUGGAGGGCAAAUACUCCCCCAUGGGGUUGUCAUUACCACAGAAAACUUAGCCCUAUAAUAUUUUUAGGAGGAUUGGUGAGACAAAUUUGCAGUUUUGACACUUUAUUCAGAAAAUUCCAAGGUAAAAAAAUAAAGGUUGUUGGGCCCUUUUUGUCUUACGGAAAUCAAGGACUAGGCUUGAGUAGAAAAGUUAGGCAACAAAUACUGUAACCAUGAAAAAUGUCAUUUUAAGACACUAAUAUCAAAGGUAUAUCUUAGUAUAUAUAUACACCAUGUGCUUUUUUAUAUUGGUCUAGUGUAAACUGAGUACCACUUUAUAUUGUCUUUUCCAUGGUAAGGUGUAUGCAGUGUGUGGCCAUGUUUACUAAUACUUAAUUCUAGACAAAAUUGAGACUAUAAAAUGUAUAUAGUUAAUGUUUAUUUGGACUUAUGACCUGACUUCUAAGAGCUGCUUCUAACUCAGCCUUAGGUCAUCAAUUAACAGAAUAGGAAUUUGAGCACAACCUUGUCCACAAGCCAUUCUAAAUACCCACUUAGUCCUAUGUAGGUAGUAGGUGGGUGGGACCCACUUUUACCACUUGAGCUUGAGUUCCCUAUUCUACUCAACUGUGCAGUUUAACAUGCUGAGAGAGGCACAUUCCCCUAUGGACUAUCUAUAUCACUGUUUCUCUAAGCCCGAAAAUGUUAAGUAACGAGAAGAGUGAUAUGAUCUACAAACAGGUCAUUGCUUCAUUUAGAGGACAUUAUUGUUAACCACGGCCUCUCAAAUAAGACGAUAGUUCUGUGAUACUCCAACACAAGUUGUUAUAAGCAGUCCUUGACGUGUUUUUGAUGGUAUCAGCUGGAAACCCUCAAAUCAGAGGGUAUCCCACACUAGAUAUAAAGUAGGUAUUGCCUGUUGCUGUGCUUAUAAAUGAAAAAGGCAGUCUAGGACUCUUGCAAAUGCCAGAAUGUAUGAUAGUAAUUCAGUGUGCUCCCUGGGCCUUUAAGGCAUGGGUUGACAGAUUUAUUUUCUUAAAAUGAGUUUAAUUUUGUAUUUAUUACCUUCCUUUAAUUCUCUUGAGAAUGAACUGUAUAAAAUAAGCUUCUAUCUACUUGCAUUUAUCUUCCAGACCCAAUCUAAUAGGAUAUUUCCAUUUUUAAAAGAAGUGGGGAAAAGACCAGAGUUUUAUAGGAGAAAAUUGGAGGAAAAAAUGGGCACAAAACCUCAGAAGGCAGCUUUUCCCAGCAGCUUUCUAGUUAACAACCUCGAGGCUGCCUCUUAUAUCUGUGUCUAUAUUCUACUUCUGUAUUUAGUCUUCAGAUUUUAAGCCUUUUCUGGCAAGCUUUUUUUUUUUAAAGCUCUUUUUAUGAAUGGCUAUGGCACCAUUAAUGCUGCUGAAUAUCUUUAAACUUAUCACAAAGGCAAGUGCAUAGUUUAAGGCCACUAUUGGUGAGGAAACCAAAUGUCCUCCGUGCCUUUUUUCUUUCCUUGAAGUAAUUUGAGAAUAUCCCAAAAAUGAGAAUAAAAAAUUACUGUCUUGGUACAACAUGGUGCAUAUAUGCACUUGGAAGCUUAAAGACGUGUUGUGUUGUCUGGACCUCAGAAGCAGCCCUAAAUCUAUUAGAGCAGACCUUCUGACAUACCUAGGUUUAUGUGUUGGCUUUGCUAGGGUUUGAUAGGAAAAUGAAGACUCUUUAAUCAGCUCUAGUAUUGCUUACUAAGAGGGUAAUAGUAAACUUGGAAAACUUAAGUAGGUUUUAUCAAGCAAUCUGGGUUUGUUUGUUUUAAUAUAGUUUUAAUGGAUAUGUGAAAACUGAAAGAAACUUUAAAGGUUUUUUUAAUGGUGCAGGUGAAGGUGCCAGUUACUAUUUGGUAUCACUCUACAAAAGCUUCAUUACUUUAUUUGAUGCUGGUUGCUAAGCAACCACUGCACAGAGCAUAAGUCUACUGGGUGCCUUUACAAGCCAGAGGCUGAUGCUGCACUGUUGUCAUGUGAGGAAAUAAUGCACAUGCUCUAACUGCUAAACAGGAAAAGAAAAAGAACUAGAAACAAAGAAGAUGAAGAACAAAAUGACAAAAAGUUUGACUGAAAUAAAACUUGAUCAACAUAACUGUAUUUUGAAACAUUCCAGGAAGGUUACUUCUUGUCAAACUUGCCUGAGGGUGUUUGUUCAAAGCUUGUAUUUAAUAAACGAACACCUGACUUACAA